ACAGGACGGGGGACGAAGGGACGGUGUCAAAGAAAAGUGGAAUGAUUCACAAUCGUACUGUUUGUUUGUGUUAUGUCAAUUAAAACGUAUUCAUUUUGCAAUUAUCUUGAUUAAUACGUGUUUCGAAUUCCAUACAAAGUGCGAUCGAAUACCCAAAUCCACCUGUAAUACUUCAAGAACGAAAUGGCUGCAGCCGACGUCGAAAGAGCAAAGGUUGAUAAUCACCUUAGAACUCUCAAUCUAACUGGCAAUGUCGGUUUCGGAACUCUUCCCGAUCAAAUUGUCUCCAAAGCGGUGCAAAAUGGUUUCGUAUUCAAUAUCCUCUGCAUAGGUGAAACUGGACUUGGUAAAUCUACGCUGAUGGAUUCGCUGUUCAAUACUAACUUCGAGUCGAAUCAAGCUCCUCAUACUCUUCCCAAUGUUAAACUCAAAGCUCACACUUACGAAUUACAAGAAAGCAACGUUCGCCUUAAAUUGACUAUCGUCGACACUGUCGGAUACGGUGAUCAGAUAAACAAAGAAGAUAGCUACAAAGCUGUCGUUGACUAUAUCGAUAACCAGUUCGAGGCAUAUCUUCAAGAAGAGCUGAAAAUCAAACGAACGUUGCAUUCGUAUCACGAUACCAGAAUCCACGUUUGUUUAUAUUUCAUUUGUCCCACCGGUCAUGGUAUGAAAUCGCUGGAUUUAGUCUGCAUGAAGCAGUUAGACACCAAAGUAAACAUCAUUCCAAUAAUUGCCAAAGCUGAUACUAUUUCUAAAACCGAACUUUCAAAAUUCAAGGCUAAAAUAUUAUCCGAAUUGAACAGCAACGGAAUCCAAAUCUAUCAAUUCCCCACCGACGAUGAAACCGUCUCAGUUACGAACGCUGCUAUGAACUCGGUCAUUCCAUUCGCCGUCGUCGGUAGUACAGAAUUCGUAAAAAUUGCCAAUAAAAUGAUGAGAUCCCGGCAAUACCCUUGGGGAAUUGUGCAAGUUGAAAAUGAAUCGCAUUGCGAUUUCGUUAAACUAAGAGAAAUGCUCAUUCGUACGAAUAUGGAAGAUAUGAGGGAAAAGACUCAUACCAAACAUUACGAAUUAUACCGCAAAAAGCGUCUUGAACAAAUGGGUUUCACGGACGUAGACAGCGACAACAAGCCGAUCAGUUUUCAGCAAAUUUUUGAAGCGAAACGAAGCGCUCAUUUAGAACAAUUACAACACGACGAAGACGAAAUGAGGCAAAUGUUCGUCGUUCGCGUAAAAGAAAAGGAAAUGGAAUUGAAAGAAAUGGAAAGAGAGCUGCAAGAUAGAUUUGAUAAAUUAAAACGUCAACACGCCGAAGAAAAGAAACAACUGGAGGAAAAUCGUAAAAAAUACGAAGAAGAUAUAAACGAAUUCAGCAGACGCAAAUUACAAUUCGCUUCUAUCGGACACCAUACUCUAACUCUGGGAAAAAGCAAAAAGAAGUAGAGAAAUUCCCACAGAAAUUCAACCAAAAAAUACUUUUACUUUUUUAAAACUUUUUUUUAUACUUUACUAUAGUGCUCUAUUUAGUUAUCGACGUAUACCGAAGAAUUGUAAGUAAUAUUGCACAGCAUUUCUCUUAUAAAACGACACUGGUUGUACGCGUACGUGGAAAGUAUACGUCGAUAUUUUUCUAGAGAGGUUAUUUUUAAAUUUUUAUUUAAAACAAAUCAAAUUUAGUAUCUACUUAUUUAUUAUCCCUUAUAUUUGAAAUAUUUUCCUUUCUAGCUGUCAAUGUGCUCAAUAGAUUUUUUAUAUCGAACAAAAGCCCUGCUGGUGUCGAUUUCAAUGUUCUACUAUUUGAAAUAAGCCAACAGCUGAUGAAAAAGUUCAAUAAAAUAAUUUAUUACAUUUUAUAUACAAAUACAUCAAGUUUGACUACAUCAAAAAGAGGCUUAUAGGCUACCACACAACAUAUAAAUAAUUUUACUCGGUUUGUAUUUUAAUAAAUAAAGAUUUUACAGGGUUU